AUGUAUAGUGGUCAUUUAUUACAAUCAUUAACACUUUAUAAAAGCAUUUCACGUGAUUUUACAUACGAUCUUUAUGGAUUCUAUUUCAUAUGGGAUAAAGAUGGAUAUCCAAUAACUAAAAUACAUUCUACUACAACAAAAUUAGCAUAUGUUAUUUACCGUCAAAUGAAUGAAGAAUCAUCAGCUGGUGUAUUAUGUCAACCUGAAUAG